AUGACGGGUGGAGAGCAGACAUCACCAAAAACCAAUUCCAAACAUUCAAGCACCAGCAACACCAAUCCCAGUAUGGAUUCAUCACACCCGUACUUUGUUUCUCAUUCAGAUCACCCCGGCCUCAUGCUCGUUCCCAUAAAAUUGAACGGCACCAAUUACCCAUCUUGGAGCAAAUCCAUGAUUCAUGCUCUCACAGCCAAGAACAAAAUUGGCUUUGUCAAUGGAUCCAUUAAGCCUCCUUCAGAAACUGAACAGCCGACAGAAUAUGCUCUCUGGAAUCAAUGCAACAGUAUGAUUUUAUCAUGGUUAGCUCACUCGGUGGAGCCUGAUCUAGCCAAAUCAGUCGUUCAUGCCAAGACCGCCCAUCAAGUGUGGGAAGAUUUCCAAGAUCAAUUCUCACAAAAGAAUGCACCAACAAUAUAUCAGAUACAGAAGUCCAUCGCCUCUCUCUCACAAGGCACCAUGACAGUCUCAGAAUAUUACACAAAACUCAAAGAUCUUUGGGAUGAAUUAGAGACAUAUCAAACCUUGCUUAUCUGUAACCAGAUGAAGGCACAUAAUGAACAAAAAGAAGAAGAUCGGAUGAUGCAGUUUCUCAUGGGCCUUAAUGACACCUACAACGGUGUUCGUAGCAGCAUCCUCAUGAUGACGCCAUUGCCAAAUGUUCGUCAAGCCUACUCACUCGUCAUUCAAGAUGAAACACAGCGCCAAAUGACCUCGGGUUCCACAGAAAAUUUUUCCAUUGCCGUUGCGAUACAGAACUGCUCUCACAAUUUCUCAAAUAAUUCCAAACAUUGUGCUCACUGUGACAGGAACGGCCAUACAAUUGAAGACUGUCGGACGUUAAAGUUUUAUUGCCCAUAUUGUGAUAAGAAUGGCCACACUGAGGAUCGAUGCAAAUUAAAAAAUGGGACAUGGGUUUCCAACAGUACAGGACCCCAGAACAAUCGGCACCACCAAGGACAGAGAGGAAAUCAACAGCAACAGAAACAAGGGAGCAACCGCAGUUAG